AUGCAAGGCUUCCAAAUGAUCCUAUUUGUUAGCAUUUUUCUAACAUCUACAAUUUUGGCCGAAAAAAGCUUCUAUCCAUCUGAUAGCGAUUAUAGAACAAGUGUACAAACUGCUGUUCAAAGUUUAAGAAAACUUACAGGAGAUGAAUUGGGAGUUGAUCGCUUGUUGACUGAAGUUGACAGGCAUUUUGAAACCUGUGAAUAUAUUUAUCUGAAUAAAGGCACAAUACCAUCUGGAGGGGAAGAACCUGCUGUCUGUCGUCAAAACUUUAUGCGUAAACUCAUCCUUAUUUUUUUAAAUAACGUCCUUUCAUCAGAACUCAUCAAAGGCAUAUCUCUUUGUGAUAGUGGAAGAUAUUUGAAGAACCUCAGGUCUAUGAAUAAUGGAGGUAAGUGGAUUACAAACUCUAACACACAGUUUGAUGAAUUCUCUAUUUUAUUUUACCACAUGCAACAGAAUGUAAAUAUUUUCAAAUGACCAAUAAUGGACAAUAAAUUGUAGGCCUUUGAAACACAAAUUUAAUUCAAAAACAUACACUGCUGUGUUUGUUAUCUAACUUGCUGUCUAACAAAAGUGUAAAUUAGUAGUUACGCACAUGAGCUACUGUUGCUGCAGAACAAAAUAUUCUAAGGCUUGACUUCAAAAGCAUUUGCGUACUACUUGACUCCACGAAUUUUAACAUAGCUUUACCGAAAUUCUAUCAUCUAUGCGCCUAAUUAAAUGACUGUGUUCCACACAAGAAAACAUCUAACACAGUGAAACAGCAUCCGCCAAAUCUCCCUAGAAUUCUGUAGUAAAUUAUUAUCCGUCUGCGAUAAAUUUUAAAGAAUUCAGCCAAGUUAUAAAAAUGCCUCUAACUGUUUACUUUGCAUCGACACAGAUAUUCAGUGAAACUACAAAAUGUGAUAAGUGUGAACGAUCACUGAUCCUUCUUACAUAUAUACAUGUAUAAUAUGGGGUGUCUACAUAUUACAUGAAAAGUCCUGUAGAAAGAACAGUGUAUUUGACAAAGAAAAUCAGUAUAGAAUGCUAUUUUAUAAUCUCAAAUGAUGUCUGUCACGAUACAUACUAUUAAUUUUAUAAUUUGUUCGCCUUAUUUUCAAGAUGGCAGAAGUAAGUUUCCUGCAAAUAUUAAACUAAAGAGAACAUUACAAAUCUGUCGUUAAAAAUAAAAGUAUGAAUUCCUGCACAGUAAAGACAUUAUGGAAACUAAUCCUUAGUAAGUGCAGCCUGAUGUCGUUUCAACUACAGGUGGCGAGUAUGAAGAUGUAAAAGACAGGAUCCGAGAGGCAAGACACACCUUCAUUAAAUUAAUCUCAAGUAAGUGUGGAAAUCUUCCACACUCAGCACAAAAGACAAGAAUCAAAAUAUUCUUCCCUAUAGAUUUGAAACUUACCGCAUCACUAAAGGCACCUCCAACAAUCU